CAACAACCAGAUCCAGCCCCCCCGGAAACCUAAGCUCCCGCAAACAAAUACCCUCUUCCCAUUCUGCCCCUCCCCCGCGCAGCAUGCCAUCCCGCCCCACGACCACAGCCCCGCCGCCGCCGCCGCCGCCGCCCACGACCACCACGUGGGGAGCGAGAGAGCCAUGUCCUUCCUUGACCCGCUCGCCUCGCUCGGCCUCGGCUACGCGAUCGCCAUCGCGUUCGGAUUCCUCGUGCUCCUCGCGUCGGUGCUGCUCGCCUCCUACUUCUGCCUCCGCCGCGGGGCCGCCAGCCAGGGGUUCGGCACCGGAGCCGGCGUCGGCGUCGGCUCCACCAGGCACGCCGCCUCCUCCGCCUCCAGCUCCGGCCACAUCUCCAUCACCGUGCCCCGCGUCGUCUUCGUCGCGGAGGACUACGACUCGCCUGGGUCCUCCUCCCGCGGCCCCGCCGCCGCGGCCUCCCCCGUCGGGCUCGACGCCUCCGUCAUCGCGUCGUAUCCGAUGGUGCCCUUCUCCAAGGCCGGGGCGGGGGCGGACACGGAGGUCGCGUGCUCCAUCUGCCUCUGCGAGUACAAGGAGGGCGAGAUGCUGCGGGUGAUGCCAGAGUGCAGGCACAGGUUCCACCUCACUUGCCUCGACGCGUGGCUGCGUCGUAGCGCGUCGUGCCCCGUCUGCCGCUCGUCCCCCAUCCCAACCCCCGUCGCCACGCCGCUCUCUACCCCACUCUCGGAGCUUGUCCCGCUGUCGCAGUAUGCCGCCGACCGUCGCCGGAGCAGGUUUGGGUGAUUAAUGGGUGAUGGAGAUGUGAACUGUUCGGCUAGAGCUACCAUAACUAGGACAAAAGUUUUUGCUUGACAGCAGUACAUUAUUGGACCCAGGAGGAAGACAUGCAGUGUACAUACAUUGUUCUUCUGUUCUAAGAUAGUGUCUAUCAAGUGAGGUUACCUGUGAUCUUAUAGUUGUACGCGGAAGAUUGUUCUAUGAAUCAUCUUAUUUCA